AUGAUUCCAGGCAUCGGUGGUAUCGGCGCAUGGGUCAUUGUGCACCCAUUCAACACCGUUGCCGUCCGAAUGAAUCUCGCUACCGCUUCUGGUAAGGAAAGGAGACAGGACCUUGUGAUUCUUGAUGAUGGAGCCAUGUCGCUGUACAAGGGUUUGUCUGCUGGUGUGAUGAGACAAGUCUUCUAUGCAACUUCGAGGUUGGGGUUGUUCGACGUAAUGAGAGAUGCUCUUGCCAAGUAUCGAGAAAUCGAUGUCUGGAGCAGACUUGCAGUUGGCGUCGCCUCUGGCGCAUGCGCUGCUGUGGUUUCUUGCCCAGCUGAGGUCUCUCUCGUGAGAAUGAGUAACGACAGUGCACUUCCUCCAGAACUGCGUCGCAACUACAAGUCUGUGGUUGAUGCUGCCGUCCGCAUCGCCCGCGAGGAAGGAAUCUUUGCCUACUGGCGUGGUUGCAUGCCUUUUGUUAAUCGUGCUAUGCUUGUCGGAGCUUGCCAGGUUGGAACGUACGAUCAGUUGAAAUCAACCUUCAACCAGCUCGGAGUUACUGGCAAAUUCUCUAACGUGUUCUGUGCCUCAAUGACUUCUGGACUGUUUUAUGCGUCUGUUACGAUGCCGUUCGAAACCGCCAAGAACAGGAUGGCUUCGCAGAGACCCGACCCCGUGACCAAGUUGCUACCUUACCGCUCGACUGUCCAAACCAUCGGCACUAUCGCUAAGACUGAAGGAGUUCUUUCACUUUGGAAUGGCUUCUGGCCCUACUAUCUUCGCUGCGGAGGGCACACGGUUUUCUGCUUCAUUAUCGUGGAGCAGCUCAAGAGUCUCUACCUUAGCAGGUAG